CAGGCUCCGCCCGGAGGCCAACCGUGCACAUUUGGGGACACAGGGACAGAGUGGCAGAAGUGCCCCUUCUCCAGGGCCGUAAGGACUGGAGUGGGGGCAGGAAGGAAGCUACUUCUGAAAUCCUGAGACUCAACACCUAGAGCACAACCCAGAAGGAUUCUGGGAGCCAGAGAGAAGCACAGACAGAUGGCAAGUGCCAGCCCCUAGGGGCGUGAGGAGGGUGAGGACAAAAGUGAGGAAGAGAUGAGGGAACAGAAUCAAGCCAGUGGAACGGGAACUCCUUGGAGCCAGGAGAGCCCUCCAGAAGAGAGGCUGCCCACUGAGUGGAGCAGACAAUGGACAAGGGCCAGAAGAGUGCUGAUAGCCAUCCUACUGUUUGGCCUCCUUCUUGGUUCUUGCGUGCUUUGGGUGUACAUCUUCAGGAACUGUGGUCCUAGGCCUUGUGAAACACCUGCGUGUUUGGAUCUCUGGGCCCUGUACCUGACCUCUGGGAACAGCAGUGCUGACCCCUGCACUGACUUCUUCAGCUUUGUCUGUGGAAAGGACAAUGGGACCAGUGAUAUUUUUAAGGCUGUCACAGAGAAAAACAAGAGCCAACUGCAAAGACUAUUAGAAACCCCCGGGUCCUGGCAUCCAGGCUCUGCAGAGGAGAAAGCCUUCCAAUUUUAUAACUCCUGCAUGGACACAGCUGCCAUUGAGGCUGCAGGGACAGGUCCACUCAGACAAGUUAUUGAGGAGCUUGGAGGCUGGCACAUCUCUGGCAAUGGGACUCCCUUAGACUUUAACCGCACUCUGAGGCUGCUGAUGAGUCAAUAUGGCCACUUCCCAUUCUUCAGAGCCCACCUGCUACCUCAUCCUGAUCGUCCAAGCACACCGGUCAUCCAGCCAUCUUCUAUGGUACCUCCCCUACCUUCCCAGGCCUUCCCUCUCCAUCCCCCAUGCUCCCCACUUCUCUCCAGUCUCUCUUGUGUCCAGAUAUACCAGCCGGAGUUUGACAUUCUCCUCAAGCAAGAGCAGGAACAGAAGAUCUAUGCCCAGAUCCUUCGGGAGUAUCUGACUUACCUAAAUCGCCUGGGAACCUUGCUGGGAGGUGACCCAGAGAAGGUACAACAGCAUGCCUCCUGGUCGAUCUUCUUUACCUCACGGCUGUUCCGGUUCCUGAGACAAGACAAGCUCUUCCAUGAGAUGACUAUCGACCAACUGCAGGAAAUGGCCCCUGCUAUCGACUGGCUGUCCUGCUUACAAGCUAUAUUCACACCGAUGUCCUUGAGUCCCUCGCAGCCCCUCGUGGUCCAUGACCUGGACUACCUGAGAAACAUGUCUCAACUGGUAGAAGAAGAGCUGCAGUCGAACAGAGACAUGAUGCAGAGCUACAUGAUCUUGGGGCUAGUGGAGACCCUUUCUCCAGCCCUGGACAGUCAAUUCCGGGAGGCACGCACAGAACUGAGCCAGAAACUAAGCGAGCUGACAGAGCGACCUCCCAUGCCAGCCCACCCAAGAUGGAUGCAAUGCGUGGACGUGACAGGAACCUACUUCGAGCCUACUCUGGCAGCUUUGUUUGUUCGUGAGGCCUUUGGACCAAGCACCCAAAGUGCUGCCAUGGAAUUAUUCUCUGAAGUCAAGGAUGCCUUCAUCACAAGCCUCAAGAAGCUUUCCCGGAUAAGUGAGGAGACCCGGAAAGAAGCCCUGAACAAGCUCACCCAGCUGCAGGUGGAGAUGGGAGCCCCUCAACAGGCCCUGAAGCCAGAACUGGACAAACAGGAAUAUAGUGAUAUACAACUAGGUCCCAGUUUCCUGCAGUCUGUCCUGAGCAGUGUCCGAUCCCUCCGGGGUAGAAAAGUUCGGAGCUUCUUGCAACCUUUCCCCUACCAUAGAUGGCAGGUGUCUGCCUGGGAUGUCAAUGCUUAUUAUUCAAUACCUGACUAUUUGGUCGUCUUUCCAGCUGGCCUCUUCCAACCUCCACUCUUCCACCGUGGCUACCCUAGAGCUGUGAAUUUUGGCGCUGCUGGCAGCAUCAUGGCCCAGUGGCUGUUGCACAUCUUCUACCACUUCUUACUCUCCAGUGGCUGUCUGUCCUGUGACACCCAGGCCUUACGGGAGGCACUGCUGUGUCUGGAGAGCCAUUAUGCUGCCUUGACGCUGCCUAGCACAGCCGCCUUCAAUGGCUCCCUGACACCCCUGGACAUUGCUGCUGAUGUAGGGGGCCUGGCCAUUGCAUUCCAGGCAUAUAGCACAUGGCUAGCAAAGCACAGUGGUGAGACCACCCUGCCCAGCCAGGACCUCACUCCCUAUCAGCUCUUCUUCCGAAGCUUUGCCCAGACGAUGUGUAGAGACCCCAGCUCACAAGACCCUCAGGACAAUCACAGCCCUCCAAGCCUCCGAGUCCAUGGACCCCUCAGCAACAUCCCAGAGUUUUCCAGACACUUCCAUUGUCCACAUGGUACGCUCUUGAACCCCUCCAGCCGCUGCCAGCUGUGGUGACUUGGCACCCAAAAAGAUGGCAGCAUGGAUGUAUGGACACCUCUGACCCCAUCCAAGAGAUC